CUCCGCGCCUGUCCUCUACAACAAACGAUGUCCAAAUAAGACCUGUCCCCGCCCGCAGCAGCGAUGAGAGAAAAUAGCAUGGAGUCCACCGACGAUGAGUUCUACAGCAUCUGCCUGAACCUCACCAGCGAGGAGAUCGCCAGCAUCGCCGAGUGCAACUACACGGCUGAAUACGAAAAUGGAGAACUGCUGGAGAAAGUCGUCUCGAAGGUCGUCCCUAUCUGCUUCGGCUUCAUCGGCAUCGUCGGCCUGGUGGGGAACGCCCUGGUGGUCCUAGUUGUGGCUGCAAACCCCGGGAUGAGGUCUACAACUAACCUCCUCAUCAUCAACCUCGCCGUCGCUGACCUCCUCUUCGUCAUAUUCUGCGUCCCUUUCACUGCAACAGACUACGUAUUACCGCGAUGGCCGUUCGGAGACUGGUGGUGCAAAGUCGUGCAAUACUUCAUAGUGGUGACAGCUCACGCGUCCGUCUACACUCUGGUUCUGAUGAGCUUGGACAGGUUCAUGGCGGUGGUGCAUCCUAUAGCGUCCAUGUCGAUACGGACUGAGCGGAACGCGCUUCUAGCGAUCGCGUGCACGUGGGUUGUGAUCCUUACCACGGCUAUACCAGUGGGGGUGUGCCACGGGGUGCGGGAGUACUCGUACUUCCACCGGAACCAUUCAUCAUGUGUUUUUCUGGAGGAGCAGGGCUACAGCCGGCUCGGGUUCCAGAUGUCGUUUUUCCUGUCGUCGUACGUGGUCCCCCUGGCUCUCAUCAGCGUGCUGUACAUGUGCAUGCUGACGCGGCUGUGGAAGAGCGCGCCGGGGGGGCGGGUGUCGGCGGAGAGCAGGAGGGGGCGGAAGAAGGUCACAAGGAUGGUGGUGGUCGUGGUCGUGGUGUUCGCCGUGUGCUGGUGCCCUAUACAGAUAAUCCUGAUAGUGAAGGCGCUGAACGCGUACAGCAUCUCGUACAUCACGGUGACGGCGCAGAUCCUGUCGCACGUGCUCGCCUACAUGAACAGCUGCGUCAACCCGCUGCUGUACGCCUUCCUGUCCGAGAACUUCCGGGUGGCGUUCAGAAAGGUGAUGUACUGCCCGCCCCCGUACCACGACUCGGGGCGCCCCCAGCCCACGAAGACCACACGGACGGGCAACGGCAACUCCUGUCACGACAUCGUGUGAGAGUCGGUCCGCAGCCGCUCCCGCUUUAUGUCCGUCGACCAGGCGACGGUCGUGUAAGACGCCAACAUGGCGCCCGAAAACAAAAUGGCGCCGAAACAACAUGGCGGGCGGCUGCGUUUAGAAACCAGUUUUAAAGUGUAUUUUAAAGUAUAAAUUGACCUACUUAGUUUAAGUAGAGGAUUUUCUGUCGUAAUGUAAAU